AUGUAUACCAGGCCAUUUCGACCUGCGCGGUGGCCGGCCGCAGUUCGGGACGACUUUGAAUCGUCCCCAAACGAAUCGUUAUUAUCAGAAAUUCGUGAAAAAUGCCGCGACGCGGACAUCAUAGUAACCGAGUUUGAUUGGGAUAUGAUUGUCGCUGGCACGGAUAACUUCUCCGAUCUAAAUUUAGUUGCACGAGGCAAAUCGGGCACCACCACCAUUCACAUGGCUUCGCUCGGACCUAGUGGAAAAUUUGCCGUUAAGAGGUUUUCACCGUCUUCGGGAAUAGGCGGCCUCACCGAGUUCAAGAACGAGAUUUUUCUGCUACCGAAACUUGAGCAUCCAAACAUCAUUAAACUGAUUGGCUAUUGCAUUCAUGGACAAGAAAAGUUGCUUGUGCAUGAUACUGACAAUAUGUCUCGAGAGUACAAUUUGAAAAUGAAAACAGAUAUAUACUGCUUCGGAGUCAUAGUCUUGGUGAUCAUGAGUGGCAAGAUGGUAACAACGGUUUCAGAAGUCGCAUCCCUUAUUGACAAUGCAAAGAUGGUGAGGAGUAUAGGCACGGUAUCUGAAACGGUAGAAGAUUCCUUGAUUGAGACAUAUGUGCCCGACGAAGCGCGAAAAUGCCUUGAAGUUGGUAUCUUAUGCACCCAACAGGAUCCCGAUAGCAGACCAACGAUCACUUCAGUGCUCAAAAUUUUGCGAGGUUCUGAAACUGCUGAGUUGGGUAGAAUUUGUGCCAUCUUCACCAUCCUUGUGCUCGCUUCAUCGAGACCACAAGGGGCACAAGCAUCAACAGGUGAAAAAUCACACGACCCCAACGUUCUAGAGACGGAGUUGGGAGAAGAAUUAAAGCUUCCUCUAAAAUCUUUUGCACGUGAAUCUGCUGUUCUUUGA